CUUCCCGACUCCGGACUUUCCGCCUGCUUUCUCUCCGCCCGGCCUCCUCCCGCUUCUCAGCUGACGCUCGCUCGCUCCUUUUUCCCACAGUAGCUUCUAAUCCAGACUGUAUGGUAUGUGGGCUGGUCACAAAUCCCCAUGUGGUCCGACAUCAUUGACAUGGCGGAAUCCCCUUUCCAACCCUUCUGGUAGCGACUCCGGCUCGCUCGCGGACUAAACCGGGCGGCGAUUGCUCAGAGAGACACGGCUUCACCUCCCCUCCGAAAAAGCAAGGCAGGGUUUUUCCUCCCCUGGGUUAUUCCCCCCCGUUUCCAGCACAAGGAGGCCCGCCGAGGAAAAUUCUCCAUGAAUGUACGUCACAAUGAUGAUGACCGACCAAAUCCCACUGGAGUUGCCAUCAUUGCUGAAUGGGGAGGUAGCUAUGAUGCCUCACUUAGUCAAUGGAGAUGGAGCACAACAGGUCAUUUUUGUUCAGGUCAAUCCAGGUGAAACUUUUACGAUAAGGGCUGAAGAUGGAACUCUUCAGUGCAUUCAAGGACCUGCAGAGGUUCCCAUGAUGUCACCCAAUGGAUCUAUUCCUCCCAUACAUGUGCCUCCAGGUUAUAUAUCACAGGUAAUAGAAGACAACACAGGCGUUCGGAGAGUGGUGGUCACACCUCAGUCUCCUGAAUGUUACCCUCCCAGCUAUCCUUCUGCCAUUUCACCAACCCACCACCUACCGCCAUACCUGGCCCACCACCACCAUUUCAUACAUAACUCUCAUACGGCGUUCUAUCCACCUGUUACUGGGCCUGGAGAUAUGCCGCCCCAGUUUUUUCCUCAGCAUCAUCUUCCUCCUACAAUCUAUGGAGAGCAAGAAAUUAUAUAUGGGAUGUCCAGUUAUAUAACCAGGGAAGAUCAGUACAACAAACCACAGCACAAAAAAAUCAAAGACAGACAAAUUGAUCGCCAAAACCGUUUGAACAGCCCUCCUUCGUCCAUCUACAAGAGCCACCUAGGAAACUGUACGCCGGUGUACAAUGGUACCAUCAAAACUCACAAUGGAGCUGCAAAUGGGGGAGGAGGAGGAGUUGGAGGAGGAGGCAUGCCUGCCAUGAAAAAAUCUGAACGCAGAGCAAGAAGCAGCCCAAAAUCAAACGAGCAGGAUUUGCACGAGUGUGAUACAGAAACAAAAAGGGUUCAAGAUGUUCUUUCUGGAAUGGAGAAACCACAGGUUUCGAAUAUUCAAGCAAGAACAGUUCUGCUCACGUGGUCACCUCCAAAUGGCCUUUUAAGUGGGGAGAGACACAGCAAUGGUUUGCCUUAUACCUGUACUUACGAAGUUGCCUUAUCAGACAAAGGGAGGGAUGGAAAGUACAAAAUGAUUUACAGUGGAGAAGAAUUGGAAUAUAAACUGAAAGACCUUAGGCCAGCAACAGAAUAUUACGUUAGGGUAUAUGCAGUGUACAAUUCAGUAAAGGGAUCGUGUUCAGAACCUGUUAGCUUCACCACGCACAGCUGUGCUCCGGAGUGCCCUUUCCCACCCAAACCUUCACACAGGACCAAAAACUCCCUGACUUUGCAAUGGAAGGCCCCUAUUGACAACGGUUCAAAAAUCACCAGCUACCUGUUAGAAUGGGAUGAGGGAAAAAGGAGCAAUGUUUUCAGAGAAUGUUACUUUGGGAGCCAAAAACAUUACAAGGUGACAAAGCUCUGUCCAGCUGUGGGCUACACAUUCCGAUUAGCAGCUCAGAAUGACAUAGGCAUUAGUGGCUUUAGCCAAGAAGUUGUCUGCUACACAUCAGGAAAUAUUCCUCAGACCCCUUCGGCACCACGGCUCGUCCGGGCUGGAGUCACAUGGAUCACCUUACAGUGGAAUAAAGCAGAAGGUUGCACACCAGAAGAAGUAAUUUCAUACACUCUGGAAAUGCAGGAGGAUGAUAAUGAUAGUGUAUUUCACCCAAAGUACACUGGAGAAGAUCAUACCUGUACUGUGAAAAAUCUUAAAAGAAGCACACAAUAUAAAUUUAGGUUAAUUGCUUCCAACGUAGAAGGGAAGAGUAGUCCUAGUGAUGUCUUGGUCUGCACAACGAGCCCGGACAGGCCAGGACCUCCCACCAGACCUGCUGUUAAAGGGCCAAUCACAUCUCAUGGCUUUGUUGUCAAAUGGGAUCCUCCUCAGGAUAACGGUGGUUCAGAAAUCCUGAAUUAUCUUUUAGAAAUUUCAGAAGGAAGCUCUGAAGCAAAUCAAUGGGAAGUGGUCUACAGAGGAUCUGCUACAGAAUGUGCGUGUACAUACUUGAAACCAGGCACUUUGUAUAAGCUCCGGGCAUGCUGUAUUAGCACGGGUGGACACAGUCAGUGUUCUGAAAGUUUACUUGUUCAUACACUCAGCGUUGCUCCGGGCCAGUGUCAACCACCCCGAAUACUAGGGAAACCAAAGCAUAAAGAGGUGCAGCUGCAAUGGGAUGCUCCCCCUGUAUCAGAAAGUAGUUGUCAUAUCUCUGCCUAUAGCAUGGAAAUGACUGGACCGGAAGAAUCAGCAGCGUCGGAGGUAUAUCAUGGUCCCAACCUGGAGUGCACUGUCAGCAAUCUCCUGCCUGGCACAACGUAUCACUUCAGAGUGAGAGCUUUGAAUGAUGGAGGGUUUGGGCCUUACUCUGAAGCCACAAAAAUCACAACAACUGCUGGGCCUCCCAGGCAAUGUAGACCUCCUUGCAUCAAUUUCCUUUCAGACACGAGUGUACUUGUAACCUGGGAGAGUCCAGAUAGUUUCGGUGCUGACAUCUCAGAGUAUAGACUGGAGUGGGGAGAAGAGCAAGAGUCUUUAGAACUGGUGUAUAGUGGAACAGGGAACUCCUUUGAAAUUGGUCAGUUGUCAGCCGCAGCACACUAUUUCUGCAGACUGCAGGCAAUAAAUCAAGCAGGAGCAGGACCUUACAGUGACCUUGUCACCUGCAGAGCCCCAGCAUCUAUACCUGAUGCUGUCACCACCCUCUUUGUCUCUGAAGAUGAGCACGUGGAUGCCUAUCCACUAUCACCCUUUGUGUGCCUUGUAUUGAACUGGGAAGAACCGUGCAAUAAUGGGUCUGAGAUUACUUCUUACAACAUUGAUCUUGGCGAUGUUAUCAUUCCAGUGGGUAAUGUCACGAGUUAUGUUAUUAAUGACCUGCUUCCAGAAACCACAUUCCGGAUCCGGAUUCAGGCUGUCAAUGAGAUUGGAGCGGGACCUUUUAGCCACUACAUUAAGGCAAAGACAAGGCCAUUGCCACCCUUACCUCCUCGGUUAGAGUGUACUGCAGCAGGUCCUCAAAGUCUGAAGCUGAAAUGGGGGGAGAGCAGUUCCAAACAGCAUGCCGCUGAUGACAUGGUGUACAUCUUGCAGAUAGAGGACAAAAAUAAGAGGUUUAUUCCAAUCUAUAGGGGACCAAGUCACACCUACAAGGUACAGCGACUGAUGGAAUUUACCUGCUAUGCUUUUAGAAUACAAGCUGUCAAUGAUGCUGGGGAAGGACCUUUCUCAGAAGUGUUUACCUUCAGUACAACCAAAUCCAUUCCCCCUGCUAUCAAAGCACCUCGAGUGAGACCAUUGGAAGGAAAUGCCUGUGAAAUUAUGUGGGAAGCAGUACUUCCCAUGAAGGGAGAUCCUGUCGGUUAUAUUCUGCAGAUCCUCGUUGGAAGAGAGUCCGAGUACAAGCAGGUAUACAAGGGAGACGAGACCUCGUUCCAAAUCUCAGGCCUCCAAACAAACACCGACUACAGAUUCCGCGUGUGUGUUUGCCGCCGGUGCUCGGAUACCUCACAAGAACUUAACGGACCUUUCAGCCCAUCUGUUGCCUUUAUGCUCCAGCGCAGCGAGCUCAUGCUUCCAGGAGAAAUGGGAAGGAUAGACGACGCCAAGACAAAAAGCAUGAUGCCUUCUGACGAACAGUUUGCAGCCCUCCUGGUCGUUGGCUUCGCGACUGUCUCUAUAUUAUUUGCCUUUAUACUACAGUAUUUGUUUAUGAAGUAAAAAAAAAAGAGUCUACACAAGCAUUUGAGGUAUCUUUUUAACAAAUGCUACACAUUGUAGUCCCCAUGUUUUAUUCUGGUAUUUCUUUUUUUUUUCUCCAGUGGCAUUUUCUAGUACAUUUUAUAGAUUUUUUUUCCUGGAUUACUGGGGGCUGUGGAGGAGGGAUAGUCCUGUUUAGAAAACAUGUAUUGAUGCUCACCUGCAUCAUUUUUUGAAAUUAAAGACUAGGAAAUGGUUAGAGCUGUUGAAGGCAGAUACCAAAAGCAAAUACUGUGCAUUUAUUUUUUAUUUUUCCUUCUGCUUAAAAACAAAUCUGCAAUGUUUGUUACUUCCCCAGAGGUUUCAGAAAUAUAACCAAAUUGCCUUUACAUUUUUGUUUUUGUUUAUUUGUAUUGCUAAAAUCAUUACAGUCUUUAAAUUGCAAGUUUAUUACAUUAGAAUACGCUUUUGGCUCUUUUGCAUCUGCAAGCCUUAACCACCAGUAUGUAAUUGUGUGCAGCCAGAAUGUGGCAUUUGGCAAUAUCCAGCGUUUAGCAAACAGUAAUUAUCAACGUCGCAUAUGAUGAUAUCCACUGUAUUUCUCUUUUUUCCUACCCCAUCCCUGUUGGUUCUUCUCCAUGGUAAUUUUUUU